UGAAGCUAAAGAAGUUAUGGGAGAAAAAAAAGCAGAACCAAAACCAGCAACUGCCCCACGCUCUUCUGGGGGAGCAAGUGGUGGUGGAGGAAAACGCCGGGGCAAGAAGGACGAUUCCCACUGGUGGUCCAGGUUCCAGAAGGGUGACUUUCCGUGGGACGACAAGGACUUCAGGUUGUACUUCCUCUGGACCGCUCUGUUUUGGGGUGGAGUCACGCUAUACAUCUUGUUCAAGCGCUCCGGGAGAGAAAUCACUUGGAAGGACUUUGUCAAUAACUAUCUCUCGAAAGGCGUGGUAGACAGACUGGAAGUCGUCAACAAGCGUUUCGUUCGAGUGACUUUCAUACCAGGAAAGACUCCAGUCGAUGGGCAAUAUGUCUGGUUUAAUAUUGGCAGUGUAGACGCCUUUGAGCGGAAUCUGGAAACUUUACAGCAAGAGCUGGGCAUAGAAGGGGAAGACCGGGUGCCUGUUGUCUACGUUACUGAAAGCGAUGGCUCCUUUCUGCUGAGCAUGCUGCCCACGGUCCUCAUCAUCACCUUUCUGCUCUACACCAUACGGAGAGGCCCUGCUGGCAUCGGCCGGGGUGGCCGGGGCGUGGGUGGGCUCUUCAGUGUCGGAGAGACCACGGCCAAGGUGCUGAAGGACGAGAUAGACGUCAAGUUCAAGGAUGUGGCUGGCUGUGAGGAGGCCAAGCUAGAGAUCAUGGAGUUCGUGAACUUCUUGAAAAACCCAAAGCAGUAUCAAGACCUAGGAGCCAAAAUCCCAAAGGGUGCCAUUCUCACGGGUCCUCCCGGCACCGGGAAGACUCUGCUGGCCAAGGCCACGGCAGGUGAGGCCAAUGUGCCCUUCAUCACCGUCAGUGGGUCCGAGUUCCUCGAGAUGUUUGUUGGUGUGGGCCCAGCUCGGGUUCGAGACCUGUUUGCCCUUGCCCGGAAGAAUGCCCCUUGCAUCCUCUUCAUUGACGAGAUCGACGCAGUGGGCAGGAAAAGGGGCCGCGGCAACUUCGGCGGGCAGAGCGAGCAGGAGAACACGCUCAACCAGCUGCUGGUGGAGAUGGACGGUUUUAACACGACAACGAACGUGGUCAUCUUGGCAGGCACCAACCGGCCGGACAUUUUGGACCCGGCGCUGCUGCGGCCCGGCCGCUUCGACCGGCAGAUCUUCAUCGGACCCCCGGACAUAAAAGGAAGAGCCUCCAUCUUCAAAGUUCACCUCCGGCCCCUGAAGCUGGACACUGCCCUGGAGAAGGAAAAGCUGGCCCGGAAGCUGGCGUCCCUGACGCCGGGGUUUUCAGGAGCCGAUGUGGCCAACGUGUGUAACGAAGCUGCCUUGAUCGCGGCACGGCACCUUUCAGACUCCAUAAAUGAGAAGCAUUUCGAGCAGGCCAUCGAGCGAGUGAUUGGCGGCUUGGAGAAGAAAACCCAGGUCCUGCAGCCUGAGGAGAAGAAGACAGUGGCAUACCAUGAAGCAGGCCACGCAGUCGCCGGCUGGUACCUGGAGCAUGCAGACCCUCUCCUAAAGGUGUCCAUCAUCCCCCGUGGCAAAGGGCUAGGCUACGCCCAGUACCUGCCAAAGGAGCAGUACCUGUACACCAAGGAGCAGCUCCUGGACCGGAUGUGCAUGACCCUGGGUGGCAGAGUCUCUGAGGAGAUCUUCUUUGGGAGGAUCACCACCGGUGCCCAGGACGACCUGCGGAAGGUCACACAGAGCGCCUAUGCCCAGAUCGUGCAGUUCGGCAUGAACGAGAAGGUCGGGCAGAUCUCCUUCGACCUCCCACGCCAGGGCGACAUGGUGCUGGAGAAGCCGUACAGCGAGGCCACUGCCAGGCUCAUUGACGACGAGGUGCGGAUCCUGAUCAGUGAGGCCUACAAGAGAACUGUGGCUCUCCUCACAGAGAAGAAGGCUGAUGUGGAGAAGGUUGCACUUCUGCUGUUAGAGAAAGAAGUUUUAGACAAGAACGACAUGGUCACACUCCUGGGCCCCAGACCAUUUGCAGAAAAAUCCACGUAUGAAGAAUUUGUGGAGGGAACGGGCAGCUUGGAUGAGGACACCUCACUGCCGGAGGGCCUGAAGGACUGGAACAAAGAGCGGGAGAAGGAGGAGGAGCCCCCGGACCAGAAGGGCGCCAGCCAGAUGCAGACGGGUCCGAGGCAGCCACUGUAGCCUGCCCGCGGUGUCUGACGCUCCAGCUCUGGCUGGCGAGAGGGCAACCCGGGCGCCGCCGACCCACCUUGCUGUGAAGUCGCGCCUGGGAUCGGCGAUUUCCAGGAGCCCCGAGGAGCCUGGCGGACCCCCGCGUGGAGCAGUGGGCAGGCGCUGCCCGCCGAGGGUCUGGGAGCAGCAGCGGGCAGUGCCUGUGGAGGAAGGUUUUUCCCGCCUUCUCUCUUCAUUCCUGGUUCUCUUCAGUUUCUCUCUGCAGACGGGCUGUGGAAUUAAACUGGAGUCGCGAUGAGAAUAUUUUGAUUUAAUUAAUAUUUUACUGUUUCAGUGAAUGGUUUUCUGUAGAGAGCUGUACCAUAUUUAAAAUGUGAACGUAUUGUGUACAUAUGGCUUCUUUACAUCAGAAAUAAAUGCGAACACGGUAUUUUUUUCCCUGAACAUAACGCAGGCUACCAGUUAUGCUCCGGUACAUCGGAAGAAACAUGAUCUCUAGAAUCUCAGUGUGGCAGGACCAUCUGCUGUCACAUCCUGGUGUGACGUGUGGGUCCCAGGAGCCAGGUCCCUGCUGGGCCGGCCAUGGGCACCAUGUGGGCCUAGAAGUUCAUCUGUGGCCACAGCUGCCUCAUGGGCUCUGUCCCUCACCAUCGCCUGGACUACAGGUAGUCUAGCUGGUACCACAGCUAUGGAUCCAGAGGCACCAGUCUGCCAGGGCAGGUCAGCCUCAAAGGUGUGAGGAAGCUGUGCCAAGUCUUGAAGCACUGUCGCUGGACGGGGAGGUACCGUCACAUUGGCACCUUUAACUGCGUGCGUUAGCUCCCUCCCUGGGUGGUACCCAGCUCUCUCUGUAUCCUGGUGCCUUCAGGCUUAACGGUGGGCUGCAGGUGGCCCCAGGCCGCAAGUGCUCCCUCCCAGCUGGCUUCUCAGGGCCGUGUGGACCCCAAGCCCAGCUCAUGUUGUACAGAACAGGGUCCUUCGCCCAGCCCCUGGCCCAUGUCCCCAUCGUGUCUGGGACCUUGCAGCAGGGAUGGUGCUCCUCUGCAGUCCCUGUCCCUAGCAGCAGCCUGUGAGGCAGCUGGGUGGAGACCACGUAGUAGGGCGUUUGGUGUCUCCUCACUGCGAGAGCAGCUGCUGGCAGGCCGCGGUGCCGGUGGGUGAGGUGAGGGUAAGGAAGGAGCAACGAGCUGACAGGACAUCGUGGUGGCAGACAACGGGCUGGGCCUCCCUACCGGUGCCCGGGUAGCGGUGCACACACACAGCAGCGGUGAGCGGGUGAGAGGUCCGUGCCCUCCUGUGUCACGCUGCUGUGUGUGGCAAGUUUGAGUCUGCCUGGAUAGUUCCCAAAGGGCAGCCUUGGGCUGCUGGGCCUGCUGUGGCUGCACCCCGCUGUUCUCAGCACACAGAUGGGCGAGGCUGGGCUGCCUGCAGCCUUCCCGUGGGAGGAGGCCCUGAGGUAGGGCCACUCGGCCUGGGAGGGCUGUCCAGUCUGCCUGGGGACCCUAAGGGCUGCCGUGGCAGGGCGCAGCUGGCUGUGGAGAUGCCGGGGCUCACCCUCACUGCUGCCUGGCUG